UCACACACAUUCUGCAUCAGGGACGAGGAAGAGCUCAAAUAACCGGAGUCCUGGAAAUGCGCCGAUGAGGACUAUGAUUUAUGACCGCACUUGGUUCGCUUUCCCCGGGCUAUCUCUCUAUAAACCUCGGUGUUUAAUUAGGGUUGAGGAAUACAAUGGAAUAUUUUAAAGGAAUUAACGCAGGAGUGGUUGUUCCAAAUACGUCUUCUAUUUGUACCUCCUGAUUCAAAGGCUAGAUCGUCAGGAGUCUAGGUGGUGGUGGUGGUGUCCAUGGGACCCGUCAUGCCUCCCAGUAAGAAGCCUGAGGCGUCUGGCAUCAGCGUGGCCAGCGCCAGCCUCUCCCACCUCUACCAGGCCAGCUCGCUGCAGGAGGCAGAGGAACUCGACCUGGCCUUCCCCGCCCCCUUGGCCCUCCCCUUGGCACCCCUCACCGACGGAGCCGCCAAGCCUGAGAAAGGCACCUCCACCCCAGGUAUGGAGGACGAGGAGUUGACCAACCUCAACUGGCUCCAUGAGAGCAAGAACCUGCUCAACAGCUUUGGAGACCCUGUCCUGCGCAGCGUCAGCCCCGUGGGUGGCGAAGGGGGUGUGGUUGGUAACCGCGGCGACAGGGACCACGACAACAUGCCGCCAUCGCCGAUAGCGGGCGGGGACCUGCCGUACGACGCCGAUCGGAACCCAAACUGUAAGCCUCCCUAUUCCUUCAGCUGCCUGAUCUUCAUGGCCAUUGAGGACGCUCCGUCAAAGAGGCUGCCGGUGAAGGAGAUAUACACCUGGAUCCUAGAACACUUCUCCUACUUUGCCAAUGCUCCCACAGGCUGGAAGAACUCUGUCAGGCACAACCUGUCCCUCAAUAAGUGCUUCAAGAAGGUUGACAAGGACAGGAGCCAGAGCAUUGGGAAGGGGUCCUUAUGGUGUAUAGAUCCUGAGUACAGGCAGAAUUUGAUUCAGGCUUUGAAAAAGACACCUUACCACCCUCACGCCCAGGUCUUCUCAACGCCACCCACCUCUCCUCAGGCAUAUCAGAGCAUGUCCAGUCCUCCUCUAUGGCCAGGGAGUCCCUUCUUCAGAAGAAACGGAGGAGUCCUCCUACAAGUCCCCCAGGGAGUGAUCCAGAACGGAGCCAGAAUGAUGAGUCAUGGGCUGUACACGGGAAUACGACCACUACCCAUCAAUCCCAUAGGGAUCAGAAUAGCUGAUGACAGGUCAGUGCUGUCCGGAGGCUGUCGGAAGCGUAGCGACAGCAAUCCCCCCUGUGACUCCCCAUUGGUCAGCAGCGACCCCAAGGAAGACCACACCUACAGCACCAACCAAUCGGAUGACGGCAGCGACUACACCAGCGACUCCAGUCUCCGCCCCAUUGCCCGUGACGUCGCCAACGAUUCAGACUUUGAAUACGAGGACGACGAAGACGACAAGAGCAAGAUCCAGCUGGAGAUCAAGAAGGAGGAGCCGCGCGAUUGGCCUAUAGACACGUUAGACUCCACCCCUUCCAGCCAGCAGCACAACAAGAAGCGGCAUCACUUCCUGAAAGCCAAGCAGCGGAUGGGCGUGGCUAGCGACACCCUCCCGCUAAAAAAACGGCGCGCAGAAAAGCCGCCAGAGAGUGAUGACGAGGAGAUGAAGGAGGCGGCGGGUUCGCUGCUCCACUUGGCUGGCGUCCGGGCCUGCUUGAACAAUAUCACCAACAGAACCGCCAAGGGCCAGAAAGAACAGAAAGAACCCACAAAAAACUGACCACAGAAAGACAGAGAGAGAGAGACAGAGAGACACAGAGAGACAGAGAGACAGAGAGACACAGAGAGACAGAGACACACAGAGAGAGAGAGAGACACAGAGAGAGAGACACAGAGAGAGAGAGAGAGAGAGAGAGAGAGAGAGAGAGAGAGAGAGAGAGAGAGAGAGAGAGAGAGAGAGAGAGAGAGAAACAUCACUUUUAAUAUAGAAAUGUACACUUUCUUUUUUCCAGGACAUCAGGUGAAUUCUGAAAGAUUUGUGGCAAUAUCAAAAACAAUCACUUUGUUUUCCUAUCUUUAAAGUUAAUGUUUUUGAAGGUUGCAAAAAAUAUGUUUUUUUAUUUGUUUUGUUUGUUUUUUAUUUGUUUAAAGGAUAUUAAAGCCAUAGACAAAACGUUUUCUGAUAUUCAGCUAAGUUAGCAGGGUUCUGUUGGCUGAAAAUAACAAAAAAUGACCUUUUUGGAAAACUGCCCCAUCCAUGGAUCGGCUUGGUUGUAUGAAUAGAGUAGGGGAUCAAAUUGUUACUCUUCUCAAAAUGUACCCAGUCCCAAACUAUUACCCUUUACAGGCUCAUCAGACGCAGCUAACACUACAUAAUACAUUUCAGCAGGCUCAUACACUUGUUAUUUCUGUGGAUUUUCCUGGUACAAAGUUCUUAUGGGGUGCUUAUCACUGACUAUUUUGUUUUUACAGUGAUAUAGAUCAUUAAAAUAAUAAUAAAGUAAUAAAGUAAGUGUUCAGGGUCAGAUCUUAACUUGAGAUAGAUUGAUGUCUAAGGCCUGCAUAUUCCUGUUAGGAUGUGACCAUAUACUUCAAUGUGUCACAAUAAACAAGCACAAAUACACAUGCUAUACUGGCUAAAGCAAUGUUAUAUUAGUCAACUAGUUCACUGAAGUAAUACAGGUAUAUGCUGAAGUAAUACAGGUAUAUGCUGAAGUAAUACAGGCAUAUCCCAUUUGUUCGGCAUCAGACUUUCGAAAACAAUGGUGCUAAUAUGUCGGAUAUUUAAAAAUAUAUAUUUAAAACCUAGUUUUCCAAACUCUGUCUUGUCUGUGUGCGAAGCAGCUUCCCCAGAUAUUUCUUUGACAUUAAAUUAUGUGAUGCUGUUAGCUUAGUGACCAUUAGCCUAGCUAAGCUCAUAGAAAAUAUACUCAUCAGUUAUCCUAGCCUAACUAAGCUCAUAGAAAAGACACUCGGUAGCCAGUUUUUGUAUGUCCUUCCUUUGUCGUGUCAGUGUUGAAACAGUGCCAUAUAGGUAUUGGUCAGCCCACUGAUGAUGGUAGCACUUCCUUAGCUAACUAUCUUUCUGACUGCUAAUCACAUUUACCCACUGGCACUAGCUAGCAUGCCAAGGCAGAGGGGACAGUGUUGUUUUCCCCUUAAAGGUUGACUGUAGGACUGUAGUGAGGUGAAGUUCGCUGGUACAAGUGGGAUGAAGGAAGGGUUUGUUUUUUUCCUGACGUUGUCUUCUCUAAAUGUAAGUUAAUUGAGUUUGGUAAAAGCCAUAAACUAAUAGUCUGGCUAGCGCUUAUCAGAGAGGAAAAUAACUGAAAACAUGUUGAGAGAACCUCAAAAUUGCCUGUGUCCUUUUAUGAAAGCAAUCGACAAGAAUAACUGAGUUUUACUCCAGUGAUAUAGUGAUAUUCUCCCCGUGUCACAAACACCUGAACACCUUGAUGUGUUGGAUGGGAAAUGAUGCUGUGAAACCUGCCAUGUGAUUUCAUGUGAGAAGAACAGUCAUAUGACUGUGGAGCUGUUUAUUUUAGUGUUUGUUUGUGUUUACUAACCUACCCUCAUGACGUAAUAAAGCAAUUUCAUCCAGUCAGGAUAGCACUGUAUAAAAAGUUAAACUAGAGUUGUAGAUUUUUUUCUAAGUUUAAGCAAUGUAGCCAGCAUGAUUUUUUUCCCAAAUCGUGUUGUAAUGGUUCUGUAAAGAAAAAGAUACAAACAUGUUUAUAUUCAGACAAAGAUCAUGUUUGGUAAAUAAUGUAUUUAGCAUGAAGCAUGAAUUAUUUUCAUAUAAGUAUCCUAGCGAACAAAAAGGUUCUGCCUGGAAGUUCUGCGCCCAUAGGUGUGGAAUCCUUCUCUGUUGUUUUGUCUUGUCUUUUUGAUUUGAUGGUUCCUUUCUUGUCAUCUUCACUCAACCUUGUUUUAACUUGGGCUUUGAUACAGUAAGACAAACUUAUUCAGGGACAAAAAGCUGGUCUGUUGGGUAAAUCUCUGUCUGCGAUAUGAUGGUACCUCUCUCCUCCCGUUGGUAGAUGGCGACUUCCUUCAUCCCAUAGUGGAUAAAACUACCAUGUCCCACUAGAUGGCCAUGUUAGAAAGGGACACAACUGACAAAAUGGUCAGAUCUUCGUGGCAUGAAUUUGAGUUAUUUCUGCGUUAAAAGGACCAAACGUCCUCUGUCUUCUCCAGCAUGGCCGUAUAGUGACCCCUGUGUCUGAUGGGUUCUCCCUGACAGGUGAAUGUUGAAGCCCGUGUGAUUAAAGAUGAGGUUGGAUGGUAGUGAGUGUCGGCCGUCUGUUCUCUCACCCUUCCUUCUCUGUGUCUGUUCUUCCAUCGCUUCUUUAUUUUCUAAGGUUUUAGACGUCGUUGAUGUUUCAAUGUCUUCCUUUUAUUUUUUGUUUUUUUUGUUUAUGAAACAGGAGUUUACCAAAGUGUUUUUGGGUUGUUAUUUUAUGUGUCCGGCUGUGUUGUUGUCCUUUCUACUCUUGUAGCUCUUCAGGUCUUUGUUGUCAGUAUUAAGCAGGCUACUAUAGACUCGUUGGACAGGUAAUAACUUGAAGGAAACUCACAAAAUAAGACGGCUAGAUAAAUACAAACUACAUAGUGCGUAUUUUUACAUUAUCUCACCAGAUUGCACUAAGAUAUUAAAUGAAAGAUUAAUUUCAGUGCCAAAGGCUUUAAUAAUUCCUUAUCUACCUGAAAUAGAGUACAAACAUAUGUGAACACGUCAAACGCUGCCAGUGUGCUGUUGCAUUUCUGUCAGAUGGGUCGUCGUACUGUCCUAGUCCUUGUUCUUGGAACCUACCACACUACUCGCUGUGCAUUGGCUCCUUGGAAUGGAUUCCAUUUUGUGUGGCCUUUUUAGUUGAAUAUAACACCCAUUAUCCCAUAAUACACUCCAUUUGACCAGAGCUAACUAACCCGAUGAGGCUCUGGUCAAAGUAGUGCACUAUAUGGACAAUAGGGUAUCAGUUGAGACAUCCCUUAUUUUCCCUUCAUUACGUUGAGGUGAUGUGUAAAUGUGUCUUCCACUGAUAAUAUAUUACUAAAGAUACGUUAUCGUUUGUGGGAUACUGCCUGUCUAAAGUCUAACACUCACUAGAUAACUCUUCCUCCAAUCACAAUCCUUCAGGUGCCACAACGUAUGAAGUGUUCUGGAAAAAACAUUUCAUAUGAAUUAUUAUCAAUGAACUGUCAAUACUAGCCAGGCAAAUAGUGAUGUAUCUAUUGAUGAGUUUAAAAAAAGUGUUUAUUUGUUUUAUCAUGUUUUUUGAUUGUUUUAUAUCUAUUUUUCUUCCAUAUUUAUUGUUUGGAGGGGUUUUAUGAGAAGAAAGGAGAAGAAAGCUCAAUGGAUUGCCGGGUACUUAUUUGCGGUACAUUUUUCACAUGGUCGUCAUGGAAACUGCAUGGUACUUUAUCUCACUUACGUCAAUAAAUUUUGAUAGAAUCAGCAACUGCUGGGUUUUAAGAGAUCCUUAUUGGUGCUUAGUUUUCAACUAAUAACUUAAACAACACAGAGCAAUUUGUGGUUACAAAUAUUGAGUGACUUUUAUUACCACUGUUGUUGUUUAACAAAGGAACAAUACACCAAAAAGUCCCCAUGUAGUUUCUAUGUAAAUAAGAGGCAGGUAGUGUUCUGUAAAAACAUGCUACUGAUCAUUUCUGUGUCCUGUUUCUGAACCCCGUAGUCUUGAUGGCAUGACCUUCCAGCUGAUCUGGUAAUAUGGAGUCCUCCGUAGGUGCGUUCUGUAUUUCAUUGACGUGUAUUCAUAUUGCCAAAGACAAACUACUUCAUCAAUUCAUGUAAAUAUCACCGUGUCCGUUACUAUGACGAAAGUAUGUUUUUAUGUUUGUGUUUUAGUUCCCCCCCCCCCCCCCCCCAAAAAAAAAAUGUGCCAUAAGGUUUCUGUGCUGUAUUGUCUUCCAGUUUAAAUGAAAACAGUUACUCCUGUGGUCAGGUUCCUUCAAUAAGCCUUUAAUAAAUCUUUAUGUAUUUGAACUUUCAAA